AUGGCGACGACGCGGGGCAAGGUCGAGGAGAGAGGAGACGGCGACGUGGGCGAGCUGCCAAGUCGUUGGGGCGUGCAGCCACUGGGGCUCCGUCACAUGUACCUGCCAGGCUAUGGGGACACCGUCGUGUGGAGCUACCGGGGCGUGGUCGCGUUGGGGCUCCGUGGCCGCCGGGGUGAUGUGAUCGUCAGCCCAUCAAGGCUCCAUGGCGGCCUUGGCAAGGCUUCAGGUGGACGAAGUUGGAGGCCUCAGGGUGUGAGUGGAUGA